AUGUCGGACCACGGAGACGACACCGAAAACUCGUCCUGCAAGGAGCAGGACCGAUACCUCCCCAUCGCAAACGUCUACCGGCUCAUGAAGCGCGCCCUCCCCGUAAACGCCAAAAUCUCCAAGGAGGCCAAGGAGUGCGUCCAAGAAUGCGUGUCCGAGUUCAUUUCCUUUAUCACCUCCGAGGCCAGCGACCGGUGCCUGACCGAGAAGAGAAAGACGAUCAGCGGCGAAGAUAUCCUCUGGGCCAUGCACUCGCUUGGCUUCGAGAACUACUGCGAAGCACUCAAGAUCUACCUGACCAAGUAUCGCGAGGUACGUUGGUCGGUUCGGACAGACUAG